CGCCAAAGUCGGUAUCCUGACAUUCUCCUAAACUUGUGAAGUCUCGCUCGCUCUUCCUCUUUCUGUUUCUCCGAUCCCGUUCUGAGCAAUCCAAUUCUCCAUUAUCCAUUUUUCAAACACCCCAUUAUGCAUGAAUCAAUGCUCACAAAAUUCAUGAAGAUUUCUGGGUGUCUUGGUGAUUCGAGAAUGGAUCAUUAACUUGGGCCAGAAAAAACGAGUAGUGGUGGGAAGUUGAUGAUAGGUCAAGGAGGAUUGCAUCGGCAUCUAUGAUGACUAUUGGGAUGGUGAGGAAAGAUUGGGUUUUUAGGUGGUGGCUGAUCAAUAAUUGUUUCAGAUGGAAUGGCAGAUCUUGCUAGUCAUGGCAAUGACCAGGGACUCCUUGCUUUGAAGAAAGGUACACAGCUAGUUAAGUACAGCAGGAAGGGGAAGCCUAAGUUGUGCCCUUUUAGACUUUCUCCGGAUGAGAAGACGCUGAUUUGGUACUCCCAUGGAUCAAAGAGAAGUCUAAACCUAUCUACUGUUUCCAAAAUUCUUCCUGGACAGAGAACACCAGUAUUCAAAAGAUUUUUUCGUCCAGAAAAGGAGUACUUGUCUUUUUCCCUUAUAUAUAACAACGGUGAACGAUCUCUUGAUCUGAUUUGCAAGGACAAAGUUGAAGCAGAGGUUUGGAUUGCUGGACUCACAUCUUUAAUCUCGACUGGCCCAGCUCAUCACAGACAUUCUCAUAGCGAAAUUCCUGAUGCUUCUACUUAUGGAUUUGAGCUUUUCCAUGGUGGUGGUGGUUUUACACAAAACGAUCGUCCAUUUGGAGCGACAACAUUAGAGUACACUUCAAGACUUAGCGUUGAGAGUAGUUUUUCUGAUUCUAGUUCUCGUGAAUCAGAUGUGGUAUUGGAUCGUGCAAAUAUGCAAGUAAGAUCAGGUGGAGAUGGUUUCCGUAUUAGUGUCUCGAGCACUCCAAGUUGUUUAUCCGGACCGGAUGAUAUAGAAUCUUUAGGUGAUGUUUUUGUUUGGGGGGAGAUUUGGUCUGAUGGAGCAUCUAAAGAUGGGUAUGGCAAUCCAGUUACUGUAAAAGCCGAUGUUCUCACGCCUAAGCCAUUGGAGUCACAUGUGGUCCUCGAUGUUCAGCAAAUAGCGUGUGGGGCUCGCCACGUUGCCCUUGUGACGAGGCAAGGCGAAGUUUUCACGUGGGGAGAGGAAUCUGGUGGGAGGCUCGGGCAUGGAGUCGAGAAGGACUUUAGCCACCCUCGGCUCGUUGAGUUUCUGGCGGUUACAAACGUUGAUUUCGUGGCGUGUGGUGAGCAUCACACUUGCGCGGUGUCAGCCGCGGGGGACUUGUAUACUUGGGGCGAUGGCGCCCAUAACGUUGGACUUCUCGGGCAUGGCAAUGACGUUAGCCACUGGAUACCCAAGCGCGUUUGUGGGGUGCUAGAAGACCUCCAAGUCCUAUCCGUCGCCUGUGGCACAUGGCAUUCGGCUUUCACUACUAACACGGGCAGACUAUUCACGGUUGGCGAGGGAACAUUUGGCGCCCUGGGUCAUGGCAACCGCGAAAGCAUCACAUUUCCAAAGGAAGUCCACACGUUGGAUGGCCUCAAAACUAUCAAAGUCGCGUGUGGGGUAUGGCACACUGCAGCAAUCAUAGAAGUUUCUAACCAGUCUGGUGGGAGCGUCGCCUCCAGGAAGCUGUUCACCUGGGGCGAUGGAGAUAAAAACCGGUUAGGCCAUGGGAACAAGAACACGUUUCUACUCCCAACCAUUGUUUCUUCUCUGAUAGAGUACAAUAUGCACCAGGUAGCGUGUGGGCAUAAUUUCACCGUCGCCCUUACAAUGUCGGGCCAUGUGUUCACAAUGGGGAGUAACGCGUUUGGUCAGCUAGGAAACCCCGAUUCUGAUGGGAAACAGCCGUGUCUCGUACAAGACAGAUUGGUGGGCGAAUUCGUUGAGGAUAUCUCGUCUGGCGAUUUCCACGUUGCUGCUCUGACUUCAAGAUGCGAAGUGUUUACCUGGGGACGAGGCGCGAAUGGACGACUGGGACACGGGGAUACAGAAGAUCGUAAUAGCCCAACGUUGGUCGAGGCGUUUAGGGAUAAGCAUGUUAAGAACAUAGCCUGUGGCUCAAACUACACUGCGAGUAUCUGCAUUCACAAGUGGGUUUCGGGUGCAGAUCAGUCGGUCUGCACCGGCUGCAGGCAGGCGUUCGGUUUUACCAGAAAGAGACACAACUGUUACAACUGUGGCCUCGUGCAUUGCCACGCGUGCAGCUCCAAGAAGGCGCUCAAAGCAGCACUGGCCCCCACACCGGGUAAACCACACCGCGUUUGUGACCCUUGCCAUUUGAAACUGAAAAAAGCUGCUGAAGGGCAAGGGCAGCAGUCCACGGCCUCGAAUUAUUUCAAGAAAGUAAGCCUGCCUAUGCGGCUUUUAGAGAAGGGCGAAAUCAAGUCUUCGAGAAUCCUUCUGUCUUCCAAGAUGGAGCCAAUUAAGUACCUCGAGAUCAAGUCUAACAAGCCCGGAAGCAGAACUGAUUCUUAUAAUAUAGUGAGAGCUUCUCAGGUUCCAUCGCUUUUGCAGUUGAAAGAUAUAGCUUUCCCGAGUUCACUUAGUCUUCAGUCUGCUUGGAAGCCUGUUAUGACAGCCCCAACUCAACAGCCUCUAUUAGCUAUACCUCCACCGUCUUUUCCCAAUUCUCGCUCCACUUCACCGUAUUCCUCGAGAAGACCAAGCCCUCCACGCUCUCCUGCUCCUACUCCCGGAUCUUCAAGGGGCGUCGUUGACAGUCUUAAGAAGACAAAUGAGCUUUUGAACCAGGAAGUUACGAAACUGCAAAACCAGUUUAAAAGUAUAAAACAGAAAAGUGAACUUCAAGAUGUGGAAAUCCGGAAGAUGAAGAAAAACGUCCAAGAUACUGCUUUGUUGGCUGCAGAUCGAUCGUCCAAGUGCAACACUGCAAUUGAAAUCGUGAAAUCCAUUAGUUCUCAAUUGAAAGAGAUGUCUGAGAAGCUGCCCUCUGAUAUAUCUGAGAGGGAAACCAUUUUCUCCCUCAAUGCUCAAGUCGAAUCGUUUCUGAAUACAGUCGAGACUCAAGGCUCCGAAGACUUCUCUUCUUUGCCAAGCUCAGGCAGUGAGUCUCCUCACAACAUCGAUGGAAAUGGCGUAAGUCAUUCAAUUGCAGAAGGUGGCGCUAGACCAUCUCGAGUUCCAAGCAUGGGACGAAGGGAAGUCAUCGAGCAAUUUGAGCCAGGCAUCUAUGUCACGCUCAUCGAAUUCUCAAACGGUUCCAAGAUCUUCAAGAGAGUUAGAUUCAGUAAACGUAGAUUCGAUUCACAGCAGGCCGAGGAAUGGUGGAGAGAAAACAAAGACAGGCUGCUCACAAGGUACAGUUCAAGAAGCAGCAGCAGCACAGCUGUGGAAUCACCAGCCACUCCAUCAACUGAUGAAACCACUGAAACUGAAACUGAAACAGCAUGAGUUUUUCCUAGAAAUAAAACUUUUCCCAUUUUUUUGGUUAACUUAGAACUGGUAGAAUUUAGUGUUUUUUUGAGUAGCUUAGCUAUGAGCACUGAAGUGUGUAGUGCUAUUACAAAGGAUAGCCCUGUCAUAGAACAAUGUACAUGAGGACAUCAUAGGCUACAAAUUCUUGACAUCUUUCUGAAUAAUUAAGAAAGAAAACAGCAAAAGCUUUCUGCUGUGCAUUUUUGAAGGAAAUGGUUUAAUGAAAACUAGGUGCAUUGUCCUUCUUUAAAGGUUAUACAUUGUAACACAUAUUUUAUUUUAUUUUUCAGUUUUUUUUUUUUUAUUUGUUUAGGAGAAAAGGGCAUUUUUUAAAUUGUCCAACUAAGUUGUUCAGACUUAUCGCUUGAUAACCAAAAGGUUACAAGUCCGACUCCCAGUGGGAACGACCUAUUGUCAGCUAUGGGCAACCUAGGCUGAUUUAUCUCAUUGUAAUCCUUUGCUGGCUAGGAUCACAGUACAUAUUUCUGAACAUGGAAAUUCAAAAACAGGUUUUUCCUCUAACUAUAAUCUAGGAAGCUCAGAUACAUAUGAUAGUUUUGUAUGACUUCUGGGUUUGUAUGUACUAAUGUACUAUACA